CUUUCCCGAUCUAAAGUCGAAACAGACACAAACAUCCAAAAACAAAAAAUUGAAUCACAAGUCAUUGAAAUAUGAUCCACACGAAGACCGGGUCAUAUCGCCGGAUCCUGACAUUUCCGGCGGUCCAACCAUGCAAAUCAAUCUCCGUAACCACGCUUCUCGACUCACUGAUUCAGCUCGCCGGCGACAUCCUCGCGUUCAAGGAAAAACACUUCUCCACCAAUAAACGAAGCUUCCAAAAAACCAUCAGGCAGAUCCAAAACCUAGCUAUCUUCUUGGAAGAGAUCCGGAUCCGAAUCAAGACUCCAAGACGCUACUUUCCCCACCCUGCCGCCGUCUCGAGCCUCUCGGAAAUCCACGUCAUCUUCCAGAAGCUCAAGUUCCUUCUAGAAGACUCCACAAGAGACGGAGCUAGAAUACAUAUGCUCAUGAGCUCAGAUCAAGUCUCGGAUCACCUUCGGGUCCUGACUCUAUCCAUCUCCACUAGCCUCAGCACGUUUCCCGUCUCCUCCUUUGACUUACCGAGCGAAGUCAACGAGCUGAUUGACCUAGUGGUGCAACAAGCCCGUAAACACGUAGUCCGACACGACUCGGACGAUAAAAAGGUCAUAGCUUCCGUUGAUGGAGUCCUUGCUCUGUUCGAGAGCAGAGUCAUCCCCGAUCCGGAUGAGAUAAACCGGAUCUUAGAUGACGUUGGGAUCCGAACAUGGGGAGAUUGCGUCAAAGAAAUCAACUUCCUCGGAGAAGAGAUAGAGGCGGAGCGGUUAGAGAAUAAUAAUAAGAAGAAGAAUAAUAGUAACGCUAGAGUCGAGCUUCUCAGCGGCUUGAUAGGGUUCAUAUGCUACUGCAGAUGCGUGAUACUUCGACGUAUCGAGAGUGAUCAUCAUCAUCAUCAUCAUCAUCAUCAUCGUGAUGACCAUGUUCAUGAUGAAGAGUUGAUACGCGGAUUAAAAGCUGAGGAUCUUCUCUGCCCGAUUUCUCUAGAGAUUAUGACCGAUCCUGUGGUCAUAGAGACAGGGCACACGUAUGAUCGGAGCUCCAUCACAAAAUGGUUCGGAUCCGGGAACAUCACGUGCCCCAAAACCGGAAAGAUUCUGACCAGUACCGAGUUGGUCGACAACGUCUCCGUGAGUCACGUGAUCCAAAAGCACUGCCGAGCAAACGGCGUCGUUUUGGCGAUCAACGGUCGGAAAAGAAAGAGUCACGGUGACGUGGCGCCGGAUAGUCUGGCCGCGAGAGGAGCAGGAAGACUCAUCGCGAGGUUCCUCGCUUCGGAGCUGACAAACGGCGGCGACGAAGAGGCGGUUUACAGAGCUCUCAGAGAGAUUCGCGUUCUGACCAAGACGGGUAGUUUUAAUAGAUCUUGUCUGGUCGAAGCUGGCUGCGUGAGUCCGCUUUUAAAUCUUUUAACGUCAGAAGACUCGAGGGUUCAAGAGAGCGCGAUGGCUGGACUUCUGAAUCUCUCGAAACACGUCGCCGGAAAAUCCGAGAUCGCAGGAGGAGAAGGGGUAGGGCUCAUCGUGGAGAUUCUCAACGGACGAGCUAAAACAGAGACGAGGUUAUACGCUGCGUCUGCUCUGUUCUAUCUCUCUUCCGUCGAAGACUACAGCUUACUCAUCGGUGAAAACGCAGACGCGAUUCCCGGACUGAUGAAGAUUGUCAAAGGCCGCGACGACGAGUACGGCGACUCGGCGAAACGCACCGCGUUGCUCGCGGUGAUGGGUCUGCUGAUGCAAUCCGAGAACCACUGGCGCGUCCUCGCUGCGGGAGCCGUCCCGGCUCUUAUCGAUCUCCUGAGAGACGAGGAGACCGGAGGAGAGCUCGCGGGGGAUUGCUUGGCGACGCUGGCGAAGCUGGCGGAGUAUCCCGACGGGACGAUCGGGGUGAUCCGUCGCGGCGGUUUGAAACUCGCGGUGAAGAUCCUGUCCUCGUCGGAUGUUUCGACGGCGGUGAGACAGCACUGCGUCGCUCUGGUUCUGAACCUGUGUCUUAACGCGGGGAGCGACGUCGUCGGGGUUCUUGUGAAGAACUCGGUGGUCAUGGGAUCGCUUUACACGGUGAUAAGUAACGGCGAGUAUGGAGGGAGCAAGAAGGCUAGCGCGCUUAUCAGAAUGAUUCAUGAGUACCAGGAGAGGAGAACCGGUUCGGUUGAACCGAGUCUUCAAAGAGGACGGUUCAUCCACGCAUGGUGAUUUUUUUUUUUGGUAUAUAACUCUUGAGUAUUUGAAAGGGUUAUUUACCAAAAGAAUUCAAAUAUGUAGAUUAAAUGGUUUAAAUUAUUUAUUUUUUCUUACAUAAACGGUUCAGUAUAUAUAUAUAAGCUCAUGUGUGUUUAAAAAUCGAAAGAGCUAAUGUGGAUUGUAAUGAGCUUCUGGUUUUUCAAAAGAAGCUAUGUCCAUAAUGUAAUUAUUAUAUUUUUUACUGGAAAUAAAUGAGUUCUCAAACAAAAGUUA